AUGAGUACACUUAAGCUAGCCAUUUGUUUAUUUGUUUUGCUUGCUAUUGUAUAAGAAAUAUAGGGCUCUCUUCUCUAAACUAAUAAAGAGAAAGAAAAUAUUGAAAAUGCAUUAGAAACAUUAAAAAAGACAAAGAAUAUAUAUAAAUCUAAAUAGUUUAAGGGAGAGACCUUUGCUUUCUUAACACCUUGGAAUAAAUAGGGUUUUGAAAGAGCGUUAAAAUUUAAAGAUAAGUUUACUUAUCUUAGUCCUGUCUGGUUUGAAAUAAAAGAUUAAGGAGACUAUUAAAAACUUGAUGGAGAACAUAAUAUUGAUGAAAAUUUCUUAAGUCAAAUAAGAGAACUUAAUAAAGAUAAUUCAACAAAUAUUAAAAUUCUCCCAAGAAUUUAUUUAUCAGAUGAAUAAACCCUUAUUAGCUUUAAAGAUAUGUGGGCUAGAUAAAAAGUUCUUGAUCAAAUUGCUAAGUACAUAGAUAAAUUUGAUGGAUUUGUUUUAGAUUCUGUAUUUCUAUCAUAUUUUUAAGCAUCUAGACAGUAUGAUUAAAUUGCUUUUGUUAGAGAACUAAGUCAACUUAUCAGAGAUAAGCAUAAUAAGCUUUUUUUUGCAUGCCUUUUAGGAAAGUAAGAUAGAUUUAAGUGGAAAUAGUCUCACAUGGUUGUUCUACUUGAUUUAGUUGAUAGAUUAUUAGUAAGUGCUUAUGAUUACCAUUAGAUUAUUGAUGGUUAUUAUCCUAUUAAUCCUAUCAAUUGGAUAUAAGAAAAUAUUAACUUUUUUGACUAAAAGCAUCGUCCUAAAAUAUUAAUUGGAAUACCGUUUUAUGGAUUUAAGAUUUCAGGCAGAGUAGAUUAUAUCAUGGGAGAAGAGUUUAAGAAACUUAUUGAAGAAAAAGAAAUUGAUUCAGUGAAAUGGGUAGAUACUUUGAAAGAAUGUGUAUUUAGAUCAUCAGAUGAGGAAAGUGUUAGAUAUUAUUACCCCUGUUUGAAAUUUAUUGACGAAAGGCUCAAGCUUUUUGAGUAAGAAAAUAUUGCAGGAGCAUAUAUAUGGGAAUUAGGUUAAGGAUAAGAUAUUUUACUAGAACCCUUUUGA